AUGAAGACCCUGACUCUGCUCUUCAUCUGCACUCUGCUGUCAGUGUGCUGGUCCAUGGGAGCCGUGGAACCAGAGGUUGUUGUGGAUCUUGUUGCUGACACGGCCGCUGACCCAGCAGCUGCUGCCACCGAUUUAUCCUCUUCCUCCUCUCAGUCCGACUCAGCCUCAUCCGCUGCAUCUGACUCCUCUUCAUCUGACUCUUCAGCAUCGGACUCAAAUUCAAGCUCAGACUCAUCAGCCUCCGAUUCAAACUCCAAGUCCUCCGAGUCCUCCGAGUCCUCCGAGUCCUCCGAGUCCUCCGAGUCAUCCGAAUCCUCUGAGUCCUCCUCCACUGAAUCUUCAGAGUCUGCCUCUUCUGAGUCCGACUCCUCUGCCUCAGACUCCACUGCCUCUUCUUCUUCCUCCUCAUCUUCAUCACAGUCUGUCAGUGCUGAAGCUUCUCAUGUGGUGACAAAGAGAGACCUGGCCUCCGUUAUCCUGAGGAGAAGAAGAGCUGCAGCAGGACCUCUCAGCCCUCUGCAGCUGGAAAGCCUGAGGGAGGUGUGUGAGCUGAAUGAAGCCUGUGAUGACAUGGCUGACACUGAGGGCAUCGUGGCUGCAUACACCGCCUACUAUGGACCUGUUCCUUUCUAA